GGUAGUUCAAUAUUCAGUUGACAGUCUUCGUUAAUGUUCAAUAGGUGAUUUUUAAGUUAUCUAAUCAUGUUACUUAUUCUGAUGCUACUGGUUCCGUUGGCGCACUCCAAACCUCAAGGAUCGCCAUCACAAAUACACGAGGAGAAUGUCCAGAUCGAACAGCAAGAAAUACGCGAGAUAACGCAGCGUGAACUUGAGAGCCCAACCAAAAGAAUUAUGGAGAAAAUUAAAGCUGUCAAUCAAAAUCUAACGCCGAGAGUUCCCGAGCGGGCUGAAUUCUCCAAACAGUUUUACAACCGAGUUCCAAAUCAACAAUUAACAAGUAAUGCGAUUCCAGAAGAAAACAGGACCGGUUUCACUCAUAUGCCUUACUAUAUUCCACCAUCCGCUUUUGCGAGCCAUCCACCGCAACAAACCGACCCCAUUCUCGAAAAUCAAACCAUUGAAAACGUCCGCAAUGUCAUAAGUAUGCAAGUUCCGUUGCCUUACAUGGCACUUUACUAUCCAAUGUAUCCUCCUGAAUUGUACUACCCGCAUCUUCGCCAAGGGAUACAGUCACCGUUGACGUCCUACUUUCCCAUCGUUAUAAAGGACCCGAUCCAGCAGUUGAUGAAUGCAUUUGCAUCGAUGAUUGAAUAUGGUCCACCAGGAAACAACGCGCCGCCGCCAGCGGCCGCACCGUGUUCCACUGUAAAAGCUGAGAAGAAAGAAGAAACUGGAAAGGAGCUCGUGAUUGAGGAUCUGCGUUUAUCUAACGACAAUCAAAACCCUUUCCGGUUUACCUUAACAGUGGACACCGAUGAUACCUCGCGAGAUUUGAAGAAUCCAACCGUGCGUGUCAACAAUAAGCUGGCCACAAUCUUGAGCAACAAUAAAGAGGGAGAUCUUAAGGCAAACAUAUUUCCUUUGGGUAUGAAGGAGAAGACCAAGAAUAUUAGCCAAGAUAACACCGGAAACGGCAUUUUCGUGCAGAGGUUACGCGUAAGAGAAGGCGGGAUCGCAAUCGCCGGACCUGGAGGUAUUGCGACUGCGGGAACUGGCGGUACCGCAAUAGUCGGGCCCGAUGGGUACGCGUACACACAACCCGACAGCAUCGCCAUCGCUGGGUCGGGAACGAAAGUCAUCGCCGUCAAUCCAGGCAUUAACCUAACGGAUUUGAUCAACAGCAUAAGCAAGAACGAAACGAAACUUAGCCCCAGAAUCGGAAAAAUCGUCGCGAUCGGACCGGUGGUCUACUAUAACAAAGGCCCGUAAAAAUUACCUAUUUGUAAUAUGGGUUGUGGUCCCUCUUCACUUCCAUCCUCCACCGAAACCAGUAAAGCUAACCUCCUUUCAUCCAGAAAUACAGCAGCAAAAGUCACUCGUUGAGUCGCGCACCGGAGACGCGGCCAUAUCGAAAGACGUCGAAGAAGAUCUCAAAAGAAUUCAGCAAAUUAACGCCGCCAAGAUUAUUCCGCACAAAUCGAACCCCCUCUUUGUUCAGCUAAAGAAUAUAGGUCAUAGUAAAGUAAUUACUAUUCGUAAUAAUGGGGUCGAGGAUGCAAAUACGAAUACAAUGAUUUUCAAACCUGUGGCGAAGGCCGUUGCCGGGCAGGAAGGUAAGGCAAUUGCGCUUCCCGUCUCCAGAGCGUUGGUGCUUAAGGGGACGAAUGUUGAUAUACUUUACGAGCCUGAAGCGGUCGCCAUUGCUGGUCCUGGAGGAAUUGCGCACGCUCAAAGCGAUUUAGAGAUUUUUUAUGAAGAAAUUGUAUAGUAAUUAAAGAUAGUGUA